AUGCUCCGCCACCUGUUCGGCGCGAGCGCGACCGCAGAGACGAUGCUCGACGCGAUCGCGCGCGAUGCGCGGGAGACUGGCGCGCGGACCGGACGGCCGGUCUUCGGCGACGCUGUCCUCGACGCCAUGCGCACGGUGCCGCGCGAGGCCUUCGUGCCCAAGGCGGAGGCGGCCUUCGCCUACGAGAACAGGCCGCUCCCCAUCGGCCACGGCCAGACCAUCUCGCAGCCCUUCAUCGUCGCCCUGAUGACCGAGCUCCUGGACGUCGAGCCGGGCGCGCACAUCCUGGAAAUCGGCACCGGCUGCGGCUACCAGACCGCCAUCCUCUGCGCGUUGGGCGCGAGGGUCUGCUCGGUCGAGGUCGUCGAGCCGCUGGCAACGGCGGCAACGGCACGUCUGGCGGGCCUGGGCUAUUCCGGGGCCUCGCGGCACCUUCCGUGCCGCCGUCGCUCCCGGAUCAGCUCAAGCCCGGCGGCUGCCUGGUGA